AUGAUAUUUCAAAAGACGUUCGCCGCAGCAGCACUGGCUCUCUUGCCUCAGCUCGCAGAUGCCACUAGACUCUUCUACAACAGCGGCACCGUGUCAGGCUGGAGCGGCGAACCCUUCACCGAGAACAAGGGCACAGUCGCUGAAGUGACAAAUGUCUACUCCAAGGGUCCCACGGCCCUGAAGAUGACGCAGACCUAUGACUCCAGCUGGAAGGGCAGGUAUCACUCUGAAGUGAGACUGAACGACGGCUAUAAGACUGGCGAUGAGCGUGCCUAUGCUUUCAGCUUCCGCCUGUCGGAAAACUGGCAGAUUGUCAAUGAAGGGUACAACAUUGCUCAGUUCAUCGCCGACCUGGCGGGCGCGUGCGACGACUGGAUGCCCUCGACCAUGAUCUGGAUCGAGGGCAACCAGCUGGUCACGCGUUAUGUCAACGGCAACUACGUCGUACCCGAGUGUAGCCGCAAGAUUGUGGGUUCUGGCAAGAUCGCCACUGUUAGCCCGGGCAAGUGGCACAGGGUCAUCGUCCAGGCCAAGUGGAAGAAUGACAGCACCGGAUACUUGAAGCUGUGGUUCGAUGGCAAGGUGGUGUGGGAGAAGAGUAACAUUGCGACCACGAUCAAGGCCGAUAAGCAGUUCCAGUUCCGUGUUGGACUGUACGCCAAUAGCUGGCAGGAUGGUAUGGAGGGAAGCCAGCCGUUCCGGCAAAUUUGGUAUGACGAGGUGGCCAUCGGAACUACUUUGGCAGAUGUGCAGUGA